GGCUUUGAAGGCUUGUUAAUCAGUCCAUUUUUCCACUGAGAUGCUUGGUGGGAGUUGAGAUUAGGGUUACCUACACGUAGGACAGUUGUUCUACUUGAACUCAAAAGAUUUUUCAGAGACAUCAGUCCUUGGGGAGCUUUAUUAAAAAAGAAAUAAGCUUUACUAGUAAUGUAUAUAGAGAGCUGAGUGUAUAUUUGAAGCAACUUCCAUGCAAUAUACAAGUAUUUACAUACCCCACUGAUUUAAAGAGAUACUUUGCUCCAUUCAUCUCUUGUCACCAUCCUAUGGAGUUCAGAUUUUUGAAUUUUGUCAUUUAAUCUACCCCAGCCCUGCCGUAUUUGGAUAGGCUGCAGAACUUCUCAGCAAACAGAUGUACUUACACAACAAUGCUUCAGCUUCUCUGCAUGCCAUGCUCUUUUUUAUUCCUAUGCCUACUAGAAUUUAUAUACUGCCAGUAAAAAGAAUUGUGAUUUUUACAUUUGCUUUCACAACACAAUGAACUGGAACAAUGGAGUGAUGGACAUUAUUUUAGGACAGAGAUGGACGUCAUGAUGCUCUUCAGGUGUUAGAUUGCAUCUCCCAACAGCCCUAGCCAGCAGAGCCAAGGGUAAGAAAUGUUACAAGUUGGAGUUCUACAGAUGAUUAGGUGUCUACAAUCCAGAAAGCCACAGGGUUAGCAUCUCAUUUCAGCCCAACUUUAGGUUACACCAAAAUUUAUGGUCACCUAGAGAGAGACCUGGAAACCCUGGACCCAUCAAGGUUGUCCACCCCUGGCCUAUACUGCCAUAAAAGAAAGACUACAGUCCAAUAGUAAAGCACCAGCAUUGCAUACAAAAAACUUCCACAUCAGUUCCUGGUAAGUCAAGGAAAACAUUCUUCCUGAAACCGUAGAGAGUUCCUGCUAGUCGGCUAAAUUUGACCAGUGUUUUGACCUCGUCAUAUGCUAGAUUCCUCAAGCUACGAAAACAUAAUUGUCUACAAUGCAGGUAAAGUUCUUAGAUUCCAGGAUCUGACUUUUACUUUCAGAAUCUGUCUCUUCUCCAGGCCUAAGGUUGAGGAGGAGGGAUUUCAGAGUGAAAAGUAUGUAUGUGUGUUAAAUAACGUCAUCAGGGGUCAUUCCUUGGUGUCAGACUUAAUUUUGAUAUUUCAGGACCUGCAAUGGUACUAACCUCACAUUUUCCAGGAGCAGGUGGCACUAAUUUCCACCAAGACCAUGUUGAACAGCUGAAGGCCAGUCUGCAUUUUCCAACAUCUUAGAAUGUGCUUGCUUCUUGCUGUCUGCAUCAGAAACCUUUCACUGUGGUCUUCUGAAGUACUAUUCAGUGGUAUAAACAACCAUGUUGGAGCAAGAGGUAUAGUUUAAAUGGUCCUGUGGUACUUGUGGACUGGCCACGUUGUCCGAAUGCCCGAUCACCAUCUCCCAAAGCAGUUACUCUACUCCAAACUCAAAAAUGGAAAACGUAAUGGUGAGCAGGAAAAGAGAUUUAAAGAUGGGCUUAAAGCCAACCUGAAAAACUGUGGCAUAGACACUGAGAACUGGGAAGCCCUGGCCCUUGAGCACACUAAUUGGAGGUCAGCUGUGACCAGCAGUGCUGCGGAGUUCGAAGAGGCACGAAUGGAGGGCUUAAGGGAGAAACGUGCCAAGAGGAAGGCCCGUCAAGCCAACCCUGACUGAGACCGCCUUCCACCUGGAAACCGAUGUCCUCACUGCGGGAGAACAUGCAGAUCAAGAACAAGUCUCUUCAGCCACCCACGGAUACACCCUCAAGACCCCACAACUGGAAGACCAUCAUCCUUGAACUAUGAGGGAUCGCCUAAGUAAGUACUUAGAACUCUGUUGACCCAGACCCAAGUGAGCUUUAAAAAGUUGUAUAUACCAUAUAGGAAAGAUGGUGUGGUGUGCUGCGGUGUAGUGGUUAGAGCAUUGGACUGUGACUUGGGAGACCAGGGUUCAAAUCCCUGUUCAGGAAUAGAAACCCUUGGGUUACCUUGGGCGACCCUCACUGUCUCGGCCUUAGAGGAGGGCAAAACACCUCUGAACAAAUCUUAUCAUGAAAAAACAAACAUUGGUUCAUCUCAGGAUCACAUAAGUCAGAAAUGACAAAGGCACAUAACUGCUACAAUGUUAUUGUUCUAAGUUCUGGAAUCAUGUUCCUGCCUCCUGAUAUAUGGCCUAAAAUAAUGUGAAGGCAAUGGAUUUCAUUUGCUCAUGGAGAGACUAAGCAGGGUCAGGCUUGGUUAGUCCCCGGAAAGAGGGACAACCAAGGAAUAGCACUUAGGAGUACUCCUAGCUUAAGAACACUUUAUGAAAUUCAUAAACUUGCCAUAAGUCAACAGGUGUUUGAAGGCACACAUUGAUACACAGUCAUGUGUGUGACGGUGAAUCAGCUAAUCUAGAUUUCCUUAAGACUUGCCAUCUUUGUUGAUUCAGUUCAGCUCUAGAACUUUAACAUGUUUCACACUCAAUUCUCUGGUGGUGCCUCCAUAAGUGGUUAGAUAAUAGUCAUCCCAUUUGGACGACAGAGAGGGGGGAAAUGGUAAAAAAAAACAACGGUGACUUGCUAUAAAACGAAAUCUGCGUCAUUCAGCCCCUUCAUUGCCCAGUCUUCCAUUUCAGGAGUCAAGGUAUUCAAGUGGCAGCAGCUAUAAAAACCUGUUGUGUGUCAGCACUGAUUCUGCAGGUCAGAAACCCCCUUACUUGGUAAGGGGACCCAUCUCCCUGCAUUCCAUCAUGGGUCCCUUGCUUUUCAACACCUUGCUUUACUUUCUAAAGAUAGCAUCUGCCAACAUCUUUGAGUACCAGGCAGAAACCCAGCCUCUUCGACCUUGUGAACUUCAGAGGGAGAAGGCCUUUCAAGGAGGAGAAGACUAUGUUCCACAGUGCUCAACAGAAGGACAUUUCAGGAAUGUGCAAUGCAACAAAAAGUCUGACACUUGCUGGUGUGUAGAUGACAGAGGGGCUGAGGUUGCAGGAACCAAGCAGCCGGGAUCUCCUACUGCCUGUUUAUCCUUCUGUCAACUACAAAAGCAGCGGAUCUUGGUCAGCCGGUACAUCAAUAGCAGCCUCACUUCCUACAUCCCUCAGUGCCUGGAUUCUGGUGCUUUUGACCCAAUCCAGUGUGACCUACGCCUGGAGCAAUGCUGGUGUGUGGAUGUUGAAGGCAUGGAGAUCUAUGGCACAAGACAGAAAGGGAAGCCAAGACGAUGUCCUGGGAAAUGCGAAAUCCGAGAUCGCCGCAUUCUGCACGGUGUGGGGGAAAAGAGCCCUCCCCAAUGCUCAGAUGAUGGGGAAUUUCUGCCCGUUCAGUGCAAGUUCAUCAACACAACGGACCGGAUGGUCUUUGAUCUUGUUCAUCAUUUCAACAGAUUCCCAGAUGUCUUCCGAACAUUUAGUUCCUUCAGAAGUGUAUUUCCAGAAAUCUCUGGCUACUGUUACUGCGCAGACAGUCUAGGGCGGGAGCAAGAAGAUACAGGUUUGGAAAUGCUGCUUGAGAAUGUUUAUGACACAGUUUUUGCAUCACUGGAACAGGUCCCCACUUUUAGUGAAACUACUAUGUAUAGGAUCUUGCAGAGACGUUUUCUGGGAGUACAGCUGGCUACAACCGGACGAUUCAGAUGCCCAACCAAGUGUGAAAAAGAAAGAUUCACUGCAAUUCAUUUCGAAGAGAAUUAUAGACCAUUAUGUGAUGACACAGGAGCCUAUGAGCCAACACAGUGUCAACUGGAUGGAGAGUGUUGGUGUGUGGACAGUGAAGGACAGGAACUCCCUGCAACACGGAGUAAAGGGCAGCGUCCAGCCUGUGGUGAACAACGUAGUUGUGUUGUUGAGAGGCAACAGUCUCUGUCCAGGCUUUUUUAUGGCCCCAUUGGACACUUUAGUCAACAGAGUUUCCUCUUGACUGCCCAGGAGUCACAAAAUAUAGCCGUGUCCUCAAGAUCUUGUCCUCCUUCAUUCAAGGAGCUAUUUGUGGAUUCUGGUGUGCUCUCCUCCAUCCUAGAAAAUCCAAGUUCUCAAAUCAACACAUUUGAAUCCAUCCUUAGUGAAACAAUCAGAGGGAUGUUUCCUUCAAGAGAGCUUGCCCAGGUUGCUCUUCAAUUCACCAGCAACCCCAAGCGUUUCCAGGAAAACCUUUUCGGAGGAAAGUUUCUGAAGAACCUCAUCCAGUUUAACUUCACAGGAGCCAUUGGCCCUAAUGGCAAGUUUAAUUUGGAUCAGUAUUUCCAGGAGAUAUCAGAAAUGAAAAGUAGUUUUUUUGAACUGGCCCAACUAGUUUCCCUUGAAGAACCACAGAAGAAGUUCAAUUUGAACCAGACUCUUGUAGACAGUUUUGGCCGCUCCGUUAACUUGCAGGACAAUCAAAACACAGUCAGAUUUCUAUCUUCCCUUCUUGAAGCUCCAGAGUUUUUCACAUUUCUGCAACAUGUGAUUUCUGUUCCAGAAAGUAUUGCUCAAGAUUUAGGUGAAGUUGCAAGUCUAGUUCUCAAAUCCAAAGGCUGCACAGAGCAGACUAAUGACUUGUUUGUCCCAGCUUGCACAGAAGAAGGAAAAUACAAGGAAAUGCAAUGUUAUGCAGGGGAUUGCUGGUGUGUGGACCCAAGCGGCAAAGAGAUCCCUGGGACCAAAGUACGUGGGACAAAAUUGAGAUGCCCAACAACAUGCGAAAAACAAAGGGCAAGUCUACAGCAAUUGAAAAAUAGCCAGCCAGCAGGCUCUGAACUGUUUGUACCCUCAUGUACUCAAGAAGGACAGUUCUUGCCACUUCAGUGCCAUGGAAGGAAUUGUUUCUGUGUCAAUUCAGAAGGGAGGACUAUUCCAGGAAAAGAUGCCAACAAUGGAGGUCCCAUGCAGUGUCCUAGUGACUGCCAAGUAGCAGGUGGCCAGGCUUUCUUACAAACCGUGCAGCAACUAUUGUCAGAUCCCACUUCUCUGCCUCAACUGUCCAGUGUUUACAUCCCACAGUGUAGCCUAGAUGGUCAAUGGAAGCAGGUCCAAUGUAAUGGGCCCCCUGAACAAGCUUUUGAAUGGUAUCAAAGAUGGAUCACCCAGAAUAAUAAUGGCAGAACUCUUCCAGUCCCUGACUUGGUGGACAAACUCCUUGACUAUAAGCAGAGAUCCCAGCAAAGCUUUGAAGACUUCAUCAAAAUUCUCUACCAAGAUGGCCACCAGAAGAUCUUCCCAGAGCUCUCCAAAUAUUCUUCCUUUGAUGCAGUUCCUCAAGACGUGCUGGAGGGCAAGACUACAGAAACUUCAUCACAGAACCUUUUGCUGGACCCAUUUACUUUCUGGCAGCUUCUUCAGUCAAAUCUCAUCCAUUAUCCAGGAUCGUAUGAGGAUUUUAAUAUCUCACUUGGGCAUUUUGACCUUCGCAAUUGUUGGUGUGUGGAUGAAAAAGGGCAAAUGCGAGGUGACAAAGCUGAUGUGAACAAGAUUCCAGAUUGUCCUAGAGAGUGUGAAGCAACCAAGCAAGAAGCCCUGAAGUUUGUUGACAAAGUGGAGCAACUCAUCAAAGAUUCAAGCAGCUUUCAUUUUCCUUUUGGGCAGAGCUUUUUAAUGGCCAAAGUGGUUGCGCUCACAGACGAUGAGCUUCUGAACAAUUUCUCCCAGUCGGGCAUCACAUUUUCAGAAGAGUUAUUGGCCGGGAUUGAUUACGCCAUUCGGCUGGCAGCACAAUCAACUUUGCAUUUCUAUUGGAAUAGUCUUUUUGCAUCCAAUGAUUCUGCAGGAGAGGCUGUGAGACUUGGAUUUCAGCCUUACAUCCCCCAAUGUGAUGGUCUGGGGAACUGGCAACCUGUGCAGUGCUAUGAGAGCUCAGGUCAUUGCUGGUGUGUGGAUGAGAGAGGACGUUAUGUGGAAGACUCUUUGGUGGCCCGUUCAUCACGGCUCCCCCAGUGUCAGACACCAUGUCAGCGCUCCCAAGCAAAUGCAUUGAUUUCCAGCUGGAAACCAACUGGGCUGAAGAUUAAUGGUACUUCAGGAGAUCUAUUUACUCCAGCCUGCUUGGAGACUGGUGAAUAUGCCGGUCUACAGAAAUCAGACACACAGGCCUGGUGUGUAGAUCCUGUAUCAGGGGAAGUUCUUCAGCAAAGCAGCACUGAUUCAAACCCUGGACCUCAGUGUCUUGGUUCCUGCAACCUGGUAAGAUCCAAAGCUCUCUUGAGGGAGACUGGUGGAAGGAACAUCCCUCAGUGUGACGCUGAAACUGGGGUCUUCUCACCUGAGCAAUGCAGUGAGGACCAGGAAAGCUGUUGGUGUGUCUUUGAGAAUGGAGAAGAGGCUCCGGGGACAAGAGUCACUGGCAAGAGGCCCUCAUGUGAACGUCCACAGUGUCACUUGCCUUUUGAUGCUCCUCAAGUGAUUGAUGGUGGUAUAUUUUGCAAUAUCUCAGCCACAAAUCCAAAGAUCCAGCAGUGCCAACUGAUCUGCUCUCUGGGCUUCCAGAGUAUCUUCUCAGACAGAGAAAUGUUGCUCUGUGAUACGCAGAAUCAACUUUGGAUAGGAGAUCCACCCCAUUCUCAGUCCUGUCAGAGAAUCCAGCCAUUCCAGAGUGUUCAAACACAAACUCAAUUUCAACUCCUCCUGCCUCCUGAGAAGGCCUGCAGUCCAGACUAUUCUGGCUUGCUGGAGGCAUUCCAGAUCUUCAUUCUGGAUGAAAUGAAGGCUCGUGGCUUUUGCCACAUUCAGGUGAAUACAUUUGAGCACCUGUUACCUGUUCCUGUCUGUGGUGAUUCUGCUGUCCGGGUUCAGUGUUUGGCUGUGGAUCGUUUGGGGGUGAACGUCACGUGGCGAGUUUUGCUUGAGGAUGUUCCAGCAGCUUUGCUUCCUGACUUGCACAACAUUGAAAAAGCAAUGGUUGGCGCAAAUCUCAUUGGUCGUUUUGAAGAGCUGAUCCGGAGUGGUGGUUUUGUUCUUCACUUGGACAACAAGCAAUUCCAAGCAGACACAUCCUUCCGUUUCUCCCGAAAUGAAGAUUAUGAUAUAUCUCCCCAAGUUCAUCUAGAGUGUAGAACUGGAUUUCAAAAAGUUUCAGCUGCUGAGGGAGUGUCCUCAAAUCUCCAAGGAUGUGUGGUCUGUCCUCCAGGCACCUACUUCCAGAGUGACAGCUGUGUUCCCUGUCCCUCUGGAUUCUAUCAAGAGGAAACUGGAAGCUCUUUCUGCAUCAAAUGUCCUCUUGGGAAAUCAACUGUUUCUACCGGAGCUUUCAGAUCUGAACAUUGUAUUACUGAUUGUCAGAUGGAUGAAAGGGAUGUGAAAUGCGAUGAAAAUGGGCAAUAUCAACCUUCCUACACAGAUCCAACCACCAAAAAGUCCUUCUGCAUUGAUAGUUUUGGAGUGAAACUGGAGUGGACCGAAAUGGAUAGCUCGCUUACGGAUUCCCAGUGUUUAGUUCUCAGACAAUUUGAGGAGGUUCCUGCUUCCAAGCUUUCCUUCUCGACAGAAGACGUGAAGAUAGUUGGAUCUGUAACCAUCCCAGGAGGACCUGAAAGUGCACUCCAACAGUGCAUUGCAGAGUGUGUGAAAGAUGAAGCAUGUGGAUUUCUCACUUUGUCUACUGCAAGGACAGACAUCCUGUGUGAGCUGUACAGUGCGAUAGAGAGCAAUUAUAACUGUUCUGCUUCUGGACUGGUUCAGGGGGCUUGGGAUAAUGCUGCCACCACUAGUGCUUCUCACCUCAGCUGCAUCCUUAAAGUAAGAAGCCAAGACCAGAAUGCCGUAAGAGUCUAUCUGAAAAAAGGACAAGAAUUCACAACAGCUGGAGCGAAGACCUUUGAGAUGACCGAUUUCCAGGAUGUUGUUUCUGGCGUGUACCACAACCUGGUCCUCUCAGCAGCUGGUACAUCUUUGACUGAUGCUUAUCUCUUCUGCCGCCAGGCCUGCAGCCAAGACGCUUGCUGUGAUGGAUUUAUCUUGAGCCAGAUUGUACUUGAUGGAGGUAGUGUCUUCUGUGCUCUCAUGAGCUAUCCAGAUGCAUUAAUCUGCAAUGUUAAGAACUGGGAUGGAAGUUCGACACGAGAACAAGAAAAUAUGUGCCAAAGGGUGAAGUACAGUGAAGAAAAGAAGUACAGAUUUAUCUUAGGAGGCCAAGUGCUCUCAUCAACAUCUGAGCUCAUAGAAGAUACUGAAGCUUCUCUUACUACAUUUCAGCGUGUUUACCUAUGGAAUGAUUCCAAUAUGAUGACCCGGACAAGAUCUUCUUCAUGUAACACUGUUGUUCCUCCAACAGAGAUGAAACCAUUGUUGCCAGAUUCAGCCACAGAAUUCUUUUCUCUGAUGGAAAGCAGCCAAAUACGGAUCAACCAGAGUCGUUCUCUACCAUCCCAGGAAUACUGGCUUUUCCAGCCCAGAUUCUCAGCGGAGGGGGCCCGUCUCUGGUGUCUUGCACGUUGUCUGGAGGAUGCCUUCUGUCAAUUGGCUGACAUCCCAAACAUUGCAGCUUCGGUGUUCUUCCCCUGCACCCUUUUCCCAAUGGCCCAAAUCUGUGAAAAUGCCAUUAACAACAUCCCUGAGAAUUGUAACAUUGUGUUGCCUCAGAAACCCAACAUCUUGUAUCAGAAGAUAGUCUCCCUAGAAGGGAGUGUGAAGAAUUUUUAUACCCGGUUACCAUUCCGAAAAAUGUCACAAAUCUCUGUGAGCAGCAAGAUGGAUGUGUCUGGGAAAACUGUCUCCAAUGGGUUCUUUGACUGCGAACGCCUCUGUGAUGCUGAUCCUUGCUGUUCAGGCUUUGGACUCUUGAAUGCUUCCCAAGAGACAGGUGGCAAGGUCUUGUGCUUGACCUUGAACAGUUUGGGAAUUCAAGCUUGCAGUGAGGAACUCAGAAGCGAGUGGCAGGUUUCGGACUGUACGUCUCCGGAUACAGAGGUCAAGAUCCAUCCUUUUGGCUGGUACCAGAAAUCAGCAUCUAUCCCCAAUGUGUGUCCACCUGUUGUUCUACCUGAAAGGCAGGAAAAUGCAUCUUUGGACAAGUGGCAACGUAUUGAUGGGGCUGCUGUUCUCAUUGAUCCUUCCAUUUCCAAAUAUGAUGUUGUGCAUAUCAGCCGCGAUGUCUCUAGUGACUUUGCCGCCAUUCGAGACUUUUGCCUUACAGUAUGUUCAAAGGAAAAAUUAUGCAUGGUGACUACUCUUGAAAUACAGCCAUCAGCCAUACGAUGCAUGUUUUAUCCAGAAACACAGACUUGCACAUUUGGUCUCCAAGGCCACCACUGUCAACUUUUGCUCAAGGAACCAGCUACAUAUAUCUAUCACAAGCAAGGUAUAGAUGGGCUCGUGUCCAUUGCUGAAAUAGGUGAUGCCCCUUCUGUCUACCUCCCAUCACAAGGAACUUUCUUGGGCACUUCUCAAGUCAUCCGAGUGGGUUCCAGUUGGAAGAGAAUCAGAGAGUUCCUUGGGAUUCCAUACGCAGCACCUCCAGUGGCAAAUGGCCGCUUCCGUCCACCACAGGCUUUCACUCCAGUGGAAAUGUGGAAUGCCACCAUGAUUCGGGAUAGCUGUUGGCAACCUGGGGAUGGUGAAGUCAGCCCUUCUUCUGUCAGUGAAGACUGCUUGUAUUUGAACAUCUACAUUCCAGAUAACAGUGGUGGAAAUCUACCAGUUCUGGUGUUCUUUCACAACGGUGUAAGUGGCAUUGACCAACCAAGGAGGACAAUAAUUGAUGGAUCAUAUUUAGCAGGAGUUGGAAAUAUUAUUGUUGUAACUGCAAAUUACCGAGUGGGAGUCUUUGGCUUUCUUAGUACUGGCUCCAGUGUGGCGAGAGGAAAUUGGGGCCUUUUGGACCAGGAAGCAGCUCUCAAAUGGACACAACAAAAUAUUGCAAGUUUUGGAGGUGAUCCUGGUCAAAUUGCAGCUGCAGCUGAUGGCAGUGGAGCAGAUAUCACCAGCAUUCACCUGCUUGCAAGCACUGCUGAUUCAUCACUCUUUAAGCGGAUGUUGCUAAUGGGAGGAUCUGCCUUCUCUCCAGUGUCAACGAUCAAUGAGAAGAAAGCAGGGGCACAGGCUGCUGUUUUGUCUCGUGAACUUGGCUGCCCUUCAGACAGCCCCGAAGAAACCGUAUCCUGCCUCCGCCAGUUGCCUGCCAAAGCUCUCAAUGAUGCACAAACAAGGCUCCUAGCUAUAAGUGGGCCUUUCCAGUACUGGAGCCCAGUAGUGGAUGGAUCCUUCCUCCAAGAGUCUCCUGCAGUAGCUCUGCAACGUCCUCAACCUUUGAAGAUAGAUCUGCUCAUUGGAAGUUCUCAACAAGAUGGCCUGAUCAGUCGAGCCAAGGCAAUUAAGCGAUUUGAAGAGAGUCAAGGUCGUGGCGAUAGCAAGACAGCCUUCUACCAGGCUCUCCAGAACUCUUUGGGUGGAGAAGAUGCCGACCCCAUUGUCCAAGAUGCAGCCACCUGGUUUUAUUCCCUGCAGCACUCCUCCACUGAGUAUGCCUCAUUCUCCAGAGCUUUGGAAAAUGCCACUCGGGACCACUUCAUCAUUUGCCCCACAAUUGACAUGGCCAGACACUGGGCGGAUCAAGACCGAGGCAAUGUCUUCAUGUACCAUGUGCCAGAAAGCUCUUCUGUGGCCAGUUUAAGCCUAGAGUUCUUGCCUGAUAUCCAGUAUGCGUUUGGGCUUCCUUUCCAUCCUGAAUAUGAAAAUUGGUACCCUCCAGAAGAGAAGACCCUCUCCUUAGCCAUAAUGCAGUAUUUUGCCAACUUUAUAAAAUCUGGAAACCCAAAUGGCCCUUAUAAAUUUUCCAAAAAAGUGACUGGAAUUGCAUCCCUCUGGCCUAUGUUUUGGGCAGACACUGGCGGAGACAAUUACAAAGAAUUUACAGCUUCCUUGAAGAACCAGAAAGGGCUGAAAAAGGCAGAAUGUUCCUUCUGGUCUGAUUAUAUCAAAACACUCAAGAUGUCAGCAAGUUGCGGAAGAGAGCAGACUGCCGUAAGCAACCCCAGGGAUGAACUGGCUGAGGCAUCCUCUUCUAAAACUACUCAAAUGAAGCCCCCAGAAGACAAAGUGGCCUAUAGCAAAUAAAAUGCAGCAUUCCCAUCUGGUUUUGGAUAAAGUUAUUUUGCCCCAAGUGGGCGAAUCAUCUAGUUGUAGCAUAAUGGCAUUUUUGUACUUGAUUACAUUAUUAUCAGAUAUGGUUAGUGUCAUAUGAGACAUGGUCCUGCCCAGUGAAUCAAAUCUGUUGAAUAUCAGAUUGUGAGCACAACACUCAAUAAAACUUCACUACAAUUUAAAAA